UUCUCUGCCGCAGCCAUACAGUAGAGGAAGACAGAAAGACUUCCGCAUACAGACGUUUAAUGUGUUUUCAGGUGAAAUAUGCCCCGUUACUGUGCUGUAAAACUUUGCAAAAAUCGUGGAGGAACACCCUCUAAAGAAAACAAGAGAAUAAGCUUUUACCCGUUCCCCUUGCAAGAUGAGGUCAGGCUGCAGAUAUGGGUAGACAACAUGAAGCGAGAGGAGUGGACCCCCAGCAGACACCAGUACCUGUGUAGUGAACAUUUCACUGAGGACUGCUUUGACCUGCGAUGGGGGAUCCGGUACCUGAAACACACAGCCUUCCCCACCAUCUUCCCUCACACACACCAUGAUGAAGAUAAAGCAGUUUCCACCAGUAAGAACACCACCAAGCCCAAAACCAGGAUAUGCGACUCCAACAUUGAACUCAUCCGCUCCCCCUCCCCUCCUGGCAAGAAUACACCUCUGAUUCUGAAAAGGACUGUCAGAGUGGAACCAGUCGUGGUGAGUGUCACUCCUGUCCCUAACCCUGAGGAUGCCAGUGAAUCUACGGUCACUACACUGUUAUAUGAAAGACCGCUUGUUUCAGACACAGAGGCCUCUACUCCUAGUGAAAUGGUCCUGGGAGAGCUGAUGCUCUCAGAGACCCAGGCUGCAGUGUGUGAGGUGAACAGAGAACUAUCUGGAGACAGUGGUGGGAUACUGACAGCCUCAUGCUUGAACCUGUCUGGUGAGACACAGACACUGCAGCAGCUGGAUACACUGGACUCCACUGUGACCGUGCUCUGCUGUGAAUCCGUCGUCCCUGUCGGCCAUUUCUCUGAAUGUGAAGCCACGGUGGACGCCCUCCAUGUGGCCCUCGGUCAGACGUUUAGGAUCUUCCCUCUGGAGCUGCGGAGGGAGGAGUGGGUGGGAGACCGGGAGGAGGGCCCCGGGGAGGGGGAACACAUCUCUGUGUACGAGCACUCCUACUCCAAACAGGACACGGACAAGGAACAGCUGUGGAGGAAGAUAGCCAGCCUCCACACCAAGAUCAUGGAGCUGGAUAGGAGAGAGGAAAGCACCAUGGCUAAAAUACGAUCGCUUGAGAGCGAGAUGGCACAUCUGAAGAAGAGCAACAUUGUUUUGAAAGAAGAGCAGAAAUUACUAGAGGACUAUAUUACUUCUGCGUUGCUCUGAUGUCUUAACCGUAGUGCUUUGUUUCCAUUAACAACCGUCUUUCUAAUGAGAUGGAUUUUGUGUAGUUAUUACAGGGUUAUUACAGUCUCAAUCACUUGUACUUAUUUAUUAUCUGUUUACAUGUUUCACAAGAGUUAUAUUACUUACUUGUAGUGAGGCCCUUCUCAAAGAGCGUUCUAGGCAGGGGCUCCCUGUCCUUCCAUUUGUCUCCGCUAGGUGGCACUGUGUCUUUAGGAUAGGCCCUGGCGCUCUGCACUACUGUUGCCUGUUUAGACAUCACUGACUGACAUAGAUUGUCAGUAUAAGUGGUGUAAUUUGGAGCGUUUUAAGGUAAGUGAUAUUCCCUAUUCUUGUGCUACAGAUGGCUGCUUGUUUUAUUCAAUGAUAUAGUAUAUCAUAUCAAAUCUACUGUGCGGUCAUACAGAUCCUUACUUUGCUUGUUAUUAAUGUAUAAAAAGGCAUGUGUUUUUCACUAAUGUUUUAUAUCUGAGUAAUUGAGACGAUUACACCGUUUUAGGUGUAUCUUCUUGGUUCUAAUUAAAUGGUUCAAUAGGAAAAGGUGCAAUGCUUGAUCACUAUUCAAAAUAUAUUUUAUUCAAGCAACUAUUAAAAGCUUGAUGUUUCGGACUUCAUCAAUGGCCUUCAUCAGAACAGGUUCUGAUGAAUAAACAGGUUCUGAUGAAUAAACAGGUUCUGAUGAAUAAACAGGUUCUGAUAAAUAAACCGGUUCUGAUGAAUAAACGGGUUCUGGUGAAUAAACAGGUUCUGAUAAAUAAACAGGUUCUGGUGAAUAAACAGGUUCUGAUAAAUAAACAGGUUCUGAUGAAUAAACAGGUUCUGAUAAAUAAACAGGUUCUGGUGAAUAAACAGGUUCUGGUGAAUAAACAGGUUCUGAUGUAUAAACCGGUUCUCAUGAAUAAACAGGUUCUGAUGAAUAAACCGGUUCUGAUGAAUAAACAGGUUCUGGUGAAUAAACAGGUUCUGGUGAAUAAACAGGUUCUGAUAAAUAACCAGGUUCUGAUGAAUAAACCGGUUCUGAUGAAUAAACCGGUUCUGAUGAAUAAACAGGUUCUGGUGAAUGAACCGGUUCUGAUAAAUAACCAGGUUCUGAUGAAUAAACCGGUUCUGAUGAAUAAACAGGUUCUGGUGAAUGAACAGGUUCUGGUGAAUGAACCGGUUCUGGUGAAUAAACAGGUUCUGGUGAAUAAACAGGUUCUGAUGAAUAACCAGGUUCUGGUGAAUAAACCGGUUCUCAUGAAUAAACAGGUUCUGAUGAAUAAACCGGUUCUGAUGAAUAAACAGGUUCUGAUAAAUAAACAGGUUCUGGUGAAUAAACAGGUUCUGAUAAAUAAACAGGUUCUGAUGAAUAAACAGGUUCUGAUAAAUAAACAGGUUCUGGUGAAUAAACAGGUUCUGGUGAAUAAACAGGUUCUGAUAAAUAACCAGGUUCUGAUGAAUAAACCGGUUCUGGUGAAGGCCGAAACGUCAAGCUUUUAAUACUUAAAUAAUAUAAUAUAUUUGAAUGUUAAACAAGCUUUGCACCUUUUUGAUGAUGUAACUGUUUGGCUGCUCCUUGACUCCCAUUGGUUGGGCGUCCUCUACUUCUUUCCACAAUGUAAUUAAAUCAACUGAUUUCUCAUCAAUGAAAUGCAA